AUGGUAAAAAAUCAACAACAAAUCCAAAUAAUAAUCCACCAACAGUUGGAACAAUUCAUCCACCAGUACAACCACCAAGUCAAGGAUAUCCAAGUCCCCCAAGGUAAUCUACCAAAACAGCCAAGUCCUCCAAGCAAAUAUCCUUCAGGCCCACCAAGCUUAGCUCCUUCAGGUCCUACUCCACCAAGCUCAGCUCCUUCAGGUCCUUCUCCACCAGGCUUAUCUCCUUCAGUUCCAGCUGCUCCAUCAGGUCAAUAUCCACCAGGCUCAAAAGUUACAAGCAACUCACUUACUGUUCCUCCACUUUAUACAACAAAUGAGACUUGUUUACCAUUGACACCUGAUAUGCCUGGAGUUAUUGAUCAAUGGUUAGAUAAACCAAAAACUGGAAGAUUUGUUUGGCACGCAUUAACAAAUGCUCAUAGUUAUGGAGGAGAAUGUGGUCUUGGAAUUCAAUAUCCUUAUCAUGCUGGUGUUGGUAGUGAUUUAUGGUCACCAGUAAAAAACUGGGUACGUUCAUGUUUGACUGAUAUCAAAGACCAUUAUAUUCGUAAUGAUCAAGUUUGUGUUAAUAAAUGUGUCAAGAUUGAAUAUAAAAAUAAAACUCUUAUAAUGCCAAUUAUGGAUGAAACUGAUUAUUUGAAACCUUAUGAACUUGAUAUUUCUGAACCAGCAUUUAAAUAUUUAGAAAUGAAUCCUAAUGCUGGAUGGUGUACUGCAACUGUUACAUACAUUCGUUGUGAAAAACUUGGAAAUUAAAAUUAAAUGAAAGUGCUGGGAUAAAAGAAAAUAAUUAAAUGGGAAAAUUAAAAAAAUUUAAAUAAUAAAACUAAAAAAAAUAUUCUUCUGUAUUUCUUAAAAACUAAAAGUCGAAAAUAUAAAGGGUAAUUUAAAAAGUGAAUGGCGAAAGUUGAGACCCUAAAAAGGCGAAAAUUGGUGGAAAAAGAAAGGCGAAAAUUUUUUAGGAUUUAGAAUAUGCG